AUGGUUUCCUCCUCAACCAACAAGAACAACGCCGCCCCAGCAGCAUCCUCCGCUAAGAAGCCCAAGACCGCAAACGAGAGUUGGUCCUACAAGGACUACUUUACCGUGCGCAUCCUUGUCGACGAGAUUAUAGAUAAGCCCGGCGACAUCAAGAAAGAGCACCUCUCCGAUAUCUUCGCCGAGGUCUGCCCUCACAAGAAACGAUACACCUCGGAAGCCUUAUACAGCCACAAGACCAUGUCCACCAACCCAUCCGUCGCAAAGGACAAGCAGCGCGCCUGGCGCAAGAACGAUUACUCGAACAUCCCGUACCCUAGCCCAGAUCGCGACUUAUGGGUCGAGAUCAAGCAGGCGAUCGCGGACAGUCCGACGUUCCGUGAGAUUCAAGAUGAAGCUGGCUCGGAUACGGAGGACUGUGGCCGGCUUGAGCUCGAGGAUGCGCGUCGCGCGGAGGAGGCUGAGGCCGACAAUGAGCAGUAG